GGUAGAUGCUCUUGUUCAGGAUAGUAUUUAUUACUAACGAGACCAGUUACAGUUAUACAAACAUUAACAUGGGCCGUGCUUUGUACCUUGUCGAGUUUGUCCUCAUUUGUACUUCCCUAGCCGGGUCAUUUUUGCUUCUGCUUUUUGCUAUAUUAUGGGAGCUAAAUAAAAGCGGAUACUUACCGACAUCAAAAACCUUCAAAAGACUACGACAAAGCACAAUAGAACGCGAUUCUACCGCUCUACAGGAAGAAAGCGUUCCCUAUAUUACGAUAAACGUUCGUAAAGCAAGCUCUCAGCUAGAGUCGAUGGCGAGCGUAAGCUUCAAGGCUGAUAAAACCGGAGGUAGAAACAGCUACAUUUCUAUGGAUUUGCCAACAAACGUGCUCUCCAUUACCGAUUGCCCAACGGUUCACAAAGGCAAUGAGGAGUCACCGGUAAAUCCGAAGUGAAAAUUGUUGACCAGAGUUGUAGCAGUUUUCACUGCAGAUCAAUGACCGUCAACAUCGGAACAUCCAAAAGCAUUGUACAUUCCUAAUUUUGACGUGACUAAAUAUCGACUCUGAUAUUGCAUUCCUGAAGCGCACUUAUUUUUAAAACUCCCCAAAUCAAAAUACAUUAAAUGAUUUUAUGUUUAGUAUAAAACCGUAUACUGUUGUCACGCUCCAGCUCAUUAAUAAAAGUUGUAUUGCAUGAAGGAUCUGCCAACACAUAUUUUCCUUUUAUAUAUUUUCCUGAAUAGAGAUUCCAACCCCGUUAAAAUUCGGCUAAGAAAUUGGAUUUUAAAGACAGUUAUAUUUCGUUUACUUUCGUAACACCUUUUUUCACUUACGUUUAGUUUUUUUGUUCUUUAUUUGUUGCAAAUUUUACUUACCCUGAAAUCAAAUUAUUCAAAUACCAAAAAGUAAACCAAAUGUUUAAAAAUGCAAAAUUAUAAAUUUAGGAAA